AUUGCUAAAUUUAUUGUGAUAUUGUAAUGAUGUGCAACAAUAUACUGAUAAUUUCAAGUUCUAUAAAAAUAAUACAAAAUUAUUUAUACAAUGAGAAAUUGUAUUUGAUAAAUAAUUGUAAUUAAAAGUGAAAAAUAUUUAGAAGUGAUUCUUUGUACAUCUUAAAAUAUAUCGUAAUUAUUAAAAAAUUUAUUCAAUCAUAUAAUAUUACAUUAUAAUUCUGUAUUCAUUUGUGUGUAAAGAUAUUCCAUAUAGAUGAACACAACAGUAAUGAAUACUGUGAAAAAUAGUUGUGAGAUUGGAAAUGGUUUGGAUGAUCUUGGUAUACCUGGACAAGGUUUCUUAAGAGAUGCUUUAACAAGUUGUACAGAUCCGCUGAAAGCAAUUGAAGAAUUUCAGUUAGAAAAUGGUAUUUUAUUACCAUCUUUACGUCCAAUGUUACCUUUACUUGAUCUUCAUGGAGUAAGACGACUAGAUUUUCAUGCAUCAGUUCUUGAAGAAUUAAGAGAAAAAUUAAUAAAAAGAAUUAAUGAAAUUGGAACAGAAAGAGCAGACAGAGGUUCAGCAGGUGACAGGAGAUUAAAAGAAUUAUUGUCCAAAAGUUUUCCAGCUGUAAGAGUUGCAGCACUAAGGCCAGUUGUUAUGUGUAUUUUAAGAAAUACUCCACACAUAGAAGAUAAAUAUUUACGAGUACUUGUUCGAGAAAAAGAAUUAUACAAUGAUGCAGAUACUGAAGUUAAACGUCAAAUUUGGAAAGAUAAUCAGAGUUUAUUUGGAGAUGAAGUUUCUCCAUUAUUUAGUCGAUAUAUCAUUGAGAAAGAACAAAUAUUAUUUGAUCAUCGAAACUUAAAUAGUCUCUUCUUUAUGCCUUCUCCCAAGGUAAGAAGACAAGGUGAAGUAGUACAAAAACUAGCACAUAUGAUUGGACAUAGUGUAAAAUUAUAUGACAUGGUAUUACAAUUUUUAAGAACUUUAUUUUUACGUACAAAAAAUAUACAUUAUUGUACAUUAAGAGCAGAAUUAUUAAUGGCCUUACAUGAUUUAGAGGUACAAGAUAUUAUUUCUGUUGAUCCAUGUCAUAAAUUUACUUGGUGCCUUGAUGCAUGUAUUAGAGAAAAGAAUGUUGACAUUAAAAGGUCCCGUGAAUUGCAAGGUUUUUUGGAUAGUAUUAAGAGAGGUCAAGAACAAGUCUUAGGUGAUCUAAGCAUGAUAUUAUGUGAUCCAUAUGCAGUAAAUUUCCUUGCCAGUAGUGCAAUCAAAAUUGCGCUUCAUUUGAUAAAUGGUGAAGCACUACCUAGAGAAAAUGCAGUUCUUGUAUUGUUACUCAGGAUGCUUGCAUUAGGUUUAUCUGCUUGGCAAAUGAUUGAUUCGCAAGACUUUAAAGAACCGAAACUAGAUAGUCAAGUGGUGACAAAAUUUCUACCUGCACUUAUGUCUUUAAUGGUCGAUGAUCAAAUAAGACAAUUAAAUUGUAAACUUCCACCUGAUGAGAGAGAAAGUGCAAUUGCUAUAAUAGAACAUUCUGGUCCUCCUCCUGAUGCUUGUCAAGCAUAUGCACAACUUUCAGGAGUUGCUGCUGUUUUGUCUAUGUAUUAUGCAUUACAUGUAGGAGGUGGUGGUGGAAUAGGAAGAGGUAGAGGUGAUGCUAGGGGUUUAAUGAGAGUAUUAGCUACUUUACCAAAUUGUCAAGCACAACGUGCAUUUGAAGAUCCCUUUUUACACACUUUAGUAUCAUUAUUAAUAUUAAAUAUGGCUGAUGAGUUUCCUAAUGAAUCAUUCUGUACAGUCAUCUUUGACGAAUUUUUCUUAGCUGGAUUAGGCAGAGACAAUGUUACACGCCAUUUAUUAAAGUUACUUUGGUACAUCCAUCUAAAGUUACCCCCGACUCGUCUUCAUACGCUAAUAAAAGCUCUCCAACCAACUAGUCAGCAUAAUGAAGCAGUACAUAAUCUUUAUGAAGCUUUACGUGAUAAAAUUGGGAAUCGCUCCACGGAGGAUCAAUUAACAACAACACAAAUAGAUACAUUAGGACUUGAAUGUCCACCCUCUCCUCUUACUGGCGUACCUACACCAGCAUUGUAAACAUAAUGUAACUUUUUUUAUUAAUAUAUUCAAAAAUACAACUUAAUUAUGUAACUAAUAAACAGUUA